UCAGAAAGAACAUUCAAAAUGCAGACAGGGGACAGGACAGAGCAUAUGUAAAAUCGUUUUGAAAAAAAUGAUAUUUUUUAAAAUUUUCAAAUUUCCCGCCGCCGCCGCCCGUACGUCCCGACGUCACAGGGACCGGAACACAGGAGUCGGAUGCCGGCAUCAGCCGGAGGAGAUGGCCAGAGACGCUGCAGGGGACACAUCGCGGGAGCGAAGGACAAGGUAAGCUCUGCAGGGACUCCCUAUGCAGCGCCGCAUGGUAAGCCCGAGUGUAGCUCUGGGUUACCGCUUUUGGUACAGACAU